AGAGGUUUAUUUUUGGGUUUAUCCUCUUGAGAGCACUCUGAGGUUUGAGCUGAAAUGGCGAUGGCUGUUCUUCAGUACGGCUGCUCACUUCCCCUCGCACGGGCCUUACGGUCUCGCACUUUUACAGUCGCCUCCAGUAGCGUCAGAGUACCCUCACUCAAGAAGGCUUCUCAAAUGGAUUCGCACGUCCUCCUUGGCUUGUCGGACGAACAACUUCAGCAAAUAGCGCUCGACUUUGGUCAGAAAAGUUUUAGAGGUAAACAGCUGUAUCAUCUCAUCUACAAGAGAAAGGUCAAGGAAAUUCAGGAAUUUAGUCAGCUGCCGUUGGCAUUCAGAUACGAUUUAGAAGAAGCAGGAUGGAGGGUUGGAAGGUCCCCAAUUCAUAAAGCAGUCACCGCAGCUGAUGGGACCAUCAAGUUGUUAAUAAAGCUCGAGGACAACCGAUUGGUCGAGACUGUUGGAAUUCCAGUUAAAGACAAUGAUGGUUCAUCUCGCUUGACAGCAUGUGUUUCAUCUCAGGUGGGCUGCCCAUUGCGCUGUUCGUUCUGUGCCACUGGCAAAGGAGGAUUCUCAAGGAACCUUAAGAGCCAUGAAAUUGUUGAUCAGGUCUUGGCAAUAGAAGAGCUAUUCAAGCAGAGAGUGACAAACGUUGUGUUUAUGGGUAUGGGGGAGCCAAUGUUGAACAUGAAAGAAGUCCUUGAAGCACAUCGUUGCCUGAAUAAGGUCUUGCUAUCUAGAAUUUCUGAUCUCUACUUUGUUUCACCGCUGUACAUCAGCUUACAUGCUCCAAAUCAGAAUCUUCGGGAAAAGAUUGUACCAAGUGCAAAGUCCUACCCUUUGAAUGCAAUUAUGAAGGAUUGCAGGGAUUACUUCCUGGAAACUAGAAGACGGGUUUCCUUUGAAUAUACACUUUUAGCCGGAGUGAAUGAUUCGGUCGAGCAUGCAAUUGAACUGGCAGAAUUGCUUCAUGAAUGGGGUCGUGGUCAUCAUGUGAACUUAAUACCAUUUAAUCCAAUAGAGGGCUCGGAGUAUAAGCGUCCAUCCAAAAGAUCAGUUCUUGCUUUUGUCUCUGCUCUUGAAUCUCGUAAAGUAACUGCUAGUGUACGUCAAACAAGGGGACUUGAUGCAAGUGCUGCUUGUGGACAGUUGAGAAAUGAGUUUCAGAAGAGUCCUUUGCUUACUGGAAAUGCAAUUCAGGAAUCUCAUUCUGUAGUUGCACUUGCAUCUUGAUAUCAUAUAAGUUUUGCAAGCUUGAAGCUACUCCAUUUGUUCUGUGCUAAACCAUAUCAGCAGUGCUCGACAGCUUCUCAAGAACAGGACUUGUUUGGUACAAGCUGCUGCGUUAAGAUGAAAGGAACCGUCGCUCUUGAUAGAGAGUGGUUAAUGAAGGUGGUCACAUGGCAGCAGUUCUUGAUGUUGGUGAAAUUAUAGGAAUUGUAUUUGUAGGUGGAUGACCGAACAAUUUGUUGAGCUUGUGCGCAUGGAUGUGAUCCUCAGCCUCGAGUGCUCCUCCGUGGUUCAGCAAUGCAAAUACUCAAAUAUUUAAGAGAUUAAAAAAAGUAGUUUUGGAUAUGAUAAAAAAGAUGCUCUACUAGUAGUUGAGGAAAACUGUUGUUUCUUAUACAAGAAGUUGAUGCAUGAUGUACUCAGGUGCCAAAUUAUGUGCUUGUACACGAUAUUUUGUUGUAAAUAUCUAUGGCUUAUACUUGAAUCAA